CGUAAUUCGUCUGCGCUGACUUGCGCGCUACCCACGACCACGAACGCAGAGGCUUGAGUCUUCACACCCAGCUCGAGAACAAGGAAGUGGAAGUGUACACAUGGAGGGUGUGUCUUUUCCUGCCGAUAUAGUCGUUAUUUAAAAAUCCCCCCCCCAAAAAAAACAAAAAAAACCAAAGUCCUCCUUGGACAAAUAAUGGGGGACUCGGCCAAGGCUAAGCGGCGGGAGCAGUUAAAGCGCUGGUCUGGCUCCUGCACCGACAGAGAGCCGGCUGUGCCCAGGCGGAGGUGGCGGGGUGAUGUCGAGGACGGCGGCGACCCGGAGGCCGUGGACGACGGCCGCAGAGGGGACCGGCGCUGCGACGGAGACGGGAACAAGGCGAGCCCCGAGGGGAGCGCCGGAUCGACCAGUCACCUACUCAAACGAAGGCGAAAGGUCAGAUUUGACAGAGCCGCAGAGUUCCUGGCUGCCUGCGCCAGCGGAGACACGGAGGAGGCCCGGGAGAUGCUGAAGGAGGCGAGAGAGACGGACAGGGAGGAUGGCGGCGAGCUGGCGGAGAUCAUCAACUGUGCCAACGCAGACGGGAUCACUGCCCUCCACCAGGCUUGCAUCGACGGCAGCAUGGCGACAGUCUCCUUCCUUCUGGCCCGCGGUGCCAACGUGAACCAAGUGGACAGCGAGGGCUGGACCCCACUGCACGUCGCCGCGUCCUGUGGCCACCUGGAUAUCACAGAUUUCCUCCUUGAGCAGGGUGCCUCUCUCUCUGCUGUGAACUGUGAUGGCGAUGUUCCCCUCGACAUUGCGGAGGACGAGGCCACGGAGUUGCUGCUUCAAGAGUACACCCAGAGACAGGGUGUGGAUUUGGUGGCAGCCAAGAGAUGGGAGGAGGAGCAGAUCAUGAGAGAUGCCCGGACCUGGCUGACUGAAGGCCCGCCUGUGGACAUUCGACACCCCAGAACUGGUGCCACGCCGCUGCACGUCGCUGCAGCCAAAGGCUACCUAGAGGCUAUCAAGCUGCUGUGUCAGUGUGGCCUCGACGUGUCAGCCGUGGACUAUGACGGCUGGACGCCCCUCCACGCUGCUGCACACUGGGGCCAAGGGGAGGCCUGCCAGAUACUGGCUGAACAGCUGUGUGACAUGGAGGCCCGCAGUAAUGGGGGCCAGACACCAUUUGAUGUUGCUGAUGAAAGUGUGAGGGCGCUUCUGGAAGACCUGUCACAGAAACAAAUCAGUUGGCGUAGUGAACAGUCAAUUUUUGAGAGACAGAACCAACAAGGAUCCACCGCUGCAAAUACACAAAACAAACGGCGGAGAAGUUCGGUGUGCAGGAUGAGCAGUAAAGACAAGAUGAACGUGCAGGACCAGUCUAAAGAGAGGGGUGUGUCAGGCGGACUGGAGCUGAGCGAGGAGAGAGAGAGCAGCCCCGAGAGUUCCACCAUGUCCAGUCCAGACAAUGAGAGCGUCACUACGUCCACAGUCAGCCCUACUGAUAAGACUCCAGAGGAAAAAGAUGAGGAGCAAGAUCUGGCCAACCGCACGGCACGGGUCCAGCCCACCCCUCAGAGGAGAGAUGUCCCGGCCGAGAGCCUCAACACCCCCAGCACUGACAGACGCAAGUUCCAGGCUCCGGUCAGAGAUGAGGAGUCUGAGUCUCAGAGGAAAGCUCGCUCUCGCCUCAUGCGCCAGUCUCGACGCUCCACACAGGGAGUGACCCUGACGGACCUGAAAGAAGCAGAGAAGAGUGUUGGUAAAGGUCCAGAUCAGUUGGCUCGCAACAUCCAGUCAGUCAGCCCUAUCAUCACUCUCACGCCCGCUGAGAGAGACACCGACCCUGUAAAGCAGGCAGAGCCCGAGGGGGAGACCCGGCUAGGGGUGAGGGAGAGGCGGCGGGGGAGGAAAGAGAGACGCUCCACGGGGAUAGUUCAGCCGAGUGGAGAGUGGGAAGAUGAGGAUGCAACGAACCCAUCCAGUACAGAUGUUACACUCAGCAACAGCACUUCCCAUGAGACUCAACCAGAAGACUUGUCAGACGUCUACAAAAAGCUGUACCUAGAGGUACUACAGGAGAACAGUGCACUCAAAGACAAGCUGCAGGAGACCGAGUUGCUGCUCAGCCAGAACAAAGUGGAGCUGGAGAGACUCAGACAGAGUCAAGAGAACAACAGCACAGAUAGGCCGGCCCUACUGGAGCUGGAACGAUUUGAGAAGUUGACACUCCAGAGGAAAGCCGUGGAACUGGAGGAUGAACUGAAGGUUCUGGUGGACCUCAGAGCUGACAACCAGAGGUUGAAGGACGAGAACGCCGCACUCAUCCGAGUCAUCAGCAAACUCUCCAAAUGAACCUUGUAAAGCCUCCACACAAGAGGAG